GGCGACUCACUGUCCGGCCCAUAUAUUAAAUGUUCAAAGUUUGCAGGCUCAGUCAUUUAUCACUUUCUACUUUGUAGUUUCUCUAUUUCAUUUGCUCACUUUGUUAUGGCGCUAAGCUUCUCUUGCUAUGCUUCUCUCAACCCACAGCUUCAACGUGCAGAUAAGCCAAUAACUCAGAGCAACAAGAAAUGUCUUGAGAAAGUGAAAAAUCUCGUAAGAGCAAAUGGGGUUUGUUUAAACACAAGCUCCCCACACGAAUCUUUACAAAAGGGCAAUUGGGUCAAGCUCAUUUGUGGUGCUAGCUUUGAGGAUGUUGUUGAUAUUAGAAAUCUGUCUCUAGUUUACACAUUAGCUGGAGUUGAUUGCAUCGAUUGUGCGGCUGAUGGGGCAGUGAUAAAUGCGGUAAAUGAAGGUAUAGAGGCUGCAAGAGCUAUCACACCUGUUCGAAGGCCUUGGGUAAUGAUCAGUGUCAAUGAUCAUGAGGAUCUUCAUUUCCGCAAAGCACAAUUUGAUCCAAAUGAGUGUCCACUAGACUGCUCAAGACCAUGUGAGAAUGUUUGUCCUGCCAAUGCUAUAUCUAUGAAUGAUACAGUUGGCACAUUGCAGCAUGGAGUACUGACAGAACGGUGCUAUGGCUGUGGAAGAUGCUUCCCUGUUUGCCCAUAUGAUAAAAUAAUGGAAAUUACAUAUAUAAGGGAUGCUGCUGCAACAGCUGAGCUUCUGAAGAGGGGUGAUGUUGAUGCUGUGGAGAUACAUACAAGUGGAAGGCAUAUAUCAUUCUUUAAAGAACUUUGGGAUGGAUUGGGAGAUUCUGUUGAUUGUCUGAAACUUGUUGCUGUUAGCUUGCCUGACAUAGGUGAUUCAACCAUACCUGCGAUAAAUAUGAUGUACUCAGUUAUGGAAGGCAAUAUGUCUUUCUUUAACUUAUGGCAGUUGGACGGUCGCCCCAUGAGUGGAGAUAUCGGGCGAGGUGCCACCAGGGAAGCAAUAGCUUUUGCAGUACGUAUAGCUGCUGCUAAAGACAAGCCUCCAGGUUUCCUUCAACUGGCUGGUGGUACUAAUGCUCACACAGUAGAUGGGUUGAAGAAACAUAGACUCUUUCAGACAACUACCACAUCAAAGGACAAGAACGUGCAUUCAAGUUCACCGAGCUCUAAUGCAUUAAUUGGAGGGGUAGCGUAUGGAGGGUAUGCAAGAAAGAUUGUUGGAAGAACUCUGAAUUCCAUGCAGGCUCUGCACGGACAUGCCUGCAUUGAAGAUCACCCUGAGCAUCUUGUGAUGGCACUCACCGAUGCCCUUGCAUUGGUUGGACCGAUCAAAUGUUAUCCAAGUUCUUAACAGCAUGCCUACAUUCUGCCCUACUGGAAUUGACAUAGCUACCGACUUGCCCAAUCAGAUAUAUGAGAGUGCUUACCUCAUAGUUCCUGGCAUUAAAAAGUAAAUGGGCAAGUUCAGAUACUUGAUCACCACCUUCACAGUGAAAAAGGUCUUAGGUAUAUUUUAACAGUUCAACCUGUACUCGAGAUAAACAUAUUUUCUUGCAGACUCAAUAUAAAAUAGGAUACAGAAGAUUAGAAAAAUACAGAAUAAGCUUUUCUCUAGUACUGCUUGCUUCUUAGUCUUGAAAUAUAUUGAGUAAAUGUCAUCAUCACCUUAAUUUUUGA